UAUAAAUCAGCCCGCAGCACAAACAGAGCCUCCGCGAGUCUCAGAGCCAUCACCGGAACUGAGGGCCCGCGUUUGCCGCGGCGAGUGCAAACAAGCAGAGACUGGCUGCGUAAAUCUUCCCAAGCGGGACCUUCUCCCGGCACCGUCCAGACUCGCGGGUUUGAGCUGAGGUCGAGCCCCAGCGCACCCAGCUCCUCCCGGGCUUGGGCAGCACGCACUCCCGAGCCCCGAAGACACCUGUCCAAGGAGGCGGCAGCGGCAAGGGCGGGGGCUCGCAGCGCUAUUGACACCGGAGGAAGAAAGGGAGGAGGGAGAGCGCGUUUCAUCAUCGGCGACGGCGGCGGCCACUUAUAAAAACUUCUGGGCGCGCACUCUCUUGUUCAGUUUCCGCGCCGCGCGCCUCCUCCGGCCAUCGCCACCAAGUUCUCCAUCCCCCGUCCGGCCGGACCAGCCCGCGAGGUCUCGCUUGGAGAGCUCGGCCCGGAGCCUGCAGCCACCGCCUCGGCAGGGCGGUGGGGGACGCCGUCCCCGUAUCACUCUGCAGCCCGGCCCGCCAUCCGCCACCAUGGGGCUGUUGCCCAAGCCCGGGGCGCGCCAGGGCAGCAGCGCCUCCUCGGGCCGAGCCGGCCGCUGUCCCCGCUCCGUCUUUGGCAACAUUAAGGUGUUCGUGCUCUGCCAUGGCCUCCUGCAGCUCUGCCAGCUCCUCUACAGCGCCUACUUCAAGAGUAGCCUCACUACCAUCGAGAAGCGCUUUGGGCUCUCCAGUUCUUCCUCGGGUCUCAUUUCCAGUUUGAACGAGAUCAGCAAUGCCAUCCUCAUCAUCUUCGUCAGCUACUUCGGCAGCCGGGUGCACCGUCCACGACUGAUCGGGAUUGGGGGUCUCCUCCUGGCCACCGGUGCCUUCGUCCUCACCCUGCCGCACUUCCUCUCGGAGCCCUACCAGUACACCUCGGCCAGCAUCGGGAACAGUAGCCGCUUCCAGACUGACCUCUGUCAGAAGCAUUGGCAGGACCUGUCACCUACUAAGUGCCAGAGCACCCAGCAGGACCCCCAGAAGGAAACCAGCAGCAUGUGGGGCCUGAUGGUGAUGGCCCAGCUGCUGGCCGGCAUCGGGACGGUGCCCAUUCAGCCUUUUGGGAUCUCCUAUGUGGACGACUUCGCAGAGCCCAACAACUCGCCCCUGUACAUCUCCAUCUUGUUUGCCAUAGCUGUAUUUGGACCAGCUUUUGGGUACCUGCUGGGCUCUGUCAUGCUGCAGAUCUUUGUGGACUAUGGCAGGGUUGACACAGCUGCAGUUAACUUGAGCCCAGGUGACCCUCGAUGGAUUGGAGCCUGGUGGCUGGGCCUGCUCAUUUCUUCAGGCUUCUUGGUUCUCACCUCUUUCCCCUUUUUUUUCUUUCCUCGAACAAUGCCCAGAGGAACAGAGAGGUCUCCUGCCAUAGUCGAUGAGGCGAGGAAGAUGGAAGAAGCCAAGUCUAGAGGCUCCCUGAUGGAUUUUGUUAAACGGUUCCCCCGCAUCUUCGUGAGGCUCCUGAUGAACCCGCUCUUCAUGCUGGUGGUCCUGGCCCAGUGCACCUUCUCCUCCGUCAUCGCAGGACUCUCCACGUUCCUCAACAAGUUUCUGGAGAAGCAGUACGGCACUUCUGCGGCCUACGCCAACUUCCUCAUUGGUGCCGUAAACCUCCCGGCGGCUGCCUUAGGGAUGCUGUUUGGAGGAAUCCUCAUGAAGCGUUUCGUUUUCUCUCUGCAAACCAUCCCCCGUGUGGCGGCCACCAUAAUCACCAUCUCCAUGAUCCUCUGUGCCCCUCUCUUCUUCAUGGGAUGCUCCACGCCAACCGUGGCCGAGGUCUACCCCCCUAGCACAUCAAGUUCUAUACAUCCGCAGCCUCCCGCCUGCCGCAGGAACUGCUCGUGCCCAGAUUCCAUCUUCCACCCUGUCUGCGGAGACAAUGGAGUCGAAUACCUCUCUCCUUGCCAUGCUGGUUGCAGCAACAUCAACACCAGCUCAGUAGUCUCCAAGCAAGUGAUCUAUUUGAACUGCAGCUGCGUGACUGGCGGAUCUGCUUCAGCGAAGACGGGAUCAUGCCCCAUCCCCUGUGCCCACUUCCUGCUCCCAACCAUCUUCCUCAUCUCCUUUGUGGCCCUGAUAGCCUGCGUCUCCCACAAUCCCCUCUACAUGAUGGUUCUGCGUGUGGUGAACCAGGAAGAAAAGUCAUUUGCCAUUGGGGUACAGUUCUUGCUGAUGCGCCUGCUGGCCUGGCUGCCCUCUCCAGCCCUCUAUGGCCUCACCAUUGACUACUCCUGCAUCCGGUGGAACUUCCAGUGCUCGGGGAGGCGAGGGGCCUGUGCCUACUACGACAACGACGCUCUCCGGGACAGCUACCUGGGCCUGCAGGUGGGCUACAAGGCGCUGGGCACGCUGCUGCUCUUCUUCAUCAGCUGGAGGGUGAAGAAGAACAGGGAGUACAAUGUGCAGGAGAAGGCGGCCGGCCUUGUCUGACCUUCAGCCUGGACCACCGCCCUGUUCCCGAGUGGACCCUGCCUCCUCCACCCCUGCCUGUCUUUACUAAUGUUAACACAUCUUUUCCUUUUUGUUUUUUUAAAUAAGAAAGAAAACCCCGGCCACUCUUUGCCUUCCCUGCCUCCUCCUCCCAACCUCUCCCCCACGGCCUCUAAGAGCUGAUGUAUAUCUGGGCUGGGUCCCACAGAGACAGAGGACCCAUUCUCCCCUGGCUCCUUGGAAGGGGCCCUCACAUGCCCAGGUUGUCCUCCAACAAGGAUGCCCACCUAGGCAGUCCCUGCCCCUCCCGGCCAAGCAGCCGGGCUCUCCUCUGAUUGCCCACACCCCAUGGAGAAGCAGAGUGGAAGGAAGGAGGGAGUGGCUGAGUUAUGAAUAACCAGAGUUAGGCUAGGAGCGGGGGAUUCAGCAUAGCAUAGAACCCAGAAGGGGCUGGCUCCCUUCACCCCCAAACCCUCGCUUCCUGCCCCAGAGGCCAUUUUGGAAGCUGCCAUGUUGGGAAGUACAACCCCACCUCCAGUACCCACACCCUGAGCAAUCCAGAGCAGGCAGAAGAAGCCCUGAGGAUGGGUUCUCCAAAUGCUGCUCACAUCGAGCCCAAGACCUUUGUGUCUCUGGACCUGCAUGUGUUUAUCUCUGUCUUUCUGGGGUUACAUUUCAAACAAAGAAAGCCACACAUGCUGAAGGCCUGAGGAAAGCCUGAGAAAUGUCAUGGUGCCCAAUCUCCCAACCUCAAAGUGGGGAUGAGACCCCCUCAUCUCAGAGUAAUGGGAAGGCCUCCCUACACUUCCCUGGGAGGAGAAGAGUUCUCACAUGAACUUCCCCAUCAGGACUUCAACCUGUGGCACAGGAGUAAAGGGAGGCACUCUGAGAUGCCAGCACAGCCAAGUGAUAGAGUGGAUGUCAAGUGCCACCCGCUGAAUGACAAGCUGCAGCCACAAAACGGAGGCCAGCAAGGUUGACUUCCCUCGUUUCAAACACGCUUGUGUUCCUCAACAUCCUCUCACGCCCUCUGUGGCCCUGGGCGGGGAGACACUGCUGCUAUGUGUUGGAGGUCAGAGGUGGAGGCCAGCAGAGGAAGCCUUCAUCAGUUAUUCUAUUUAUUGGAGAUCGACUUUGUGCUGGGCAGUGCUAGUACGUGGUUCUCCAGGGAGCUUCCCUCAGAUCUUACCUCACCUCCCUCCAUGUCCACUAGGGCCUCCUCCCAGAGCAUGCUUCAUGGGCAGCGUGGACAAUGCAUGUAGGAGACACACAUGCUGUCAAGCACUGCAAGUACCCAAGAUCAGUAAGAAGGAUCCUGACCUGACCAUCCGUGCCAUCCAUGGCUCCACUAUACAGACUCUGUGAGAUGGAGACCUGGCUCACCAUGUCUCUGGAGCAGCGGGGCAUUGGUCAUUGUCAUGCAUGACCCUUGGGUGCCAUUCCUCUUGGAAGACCUCCUUCCAGAAGCAUAGUGGAAGCCACUUUUGCAAAGGCCUACUGUCAGCAGUUUGUGUCUGUGGCCCAACUGCCGUGAGACGCAAGUCUUCUGGAAACCACUAUUACAGACAGCCCUCUUUCCAAAGCCACCAGCCUUAUUUCCACAGAUCUCACUCAGGAAAGGAGGCUCCAGGCAACCUCAGGGGCCAGUUUCAGCAUUUGCAAUGAUUCUGCUUGGAAAAUGAUUCCCUCCAAUUAACCCUGGUCUUUCUCGCUGCAGUUUAACCAAAUUCUGAAGGUGCUGCCUUCACCUGAGCUCAUGAACAAUGAAUGCCAACCUUCAGGUUCUAGAAGAUUGGUUGCCCUCCUAAUCCUUUAUUCUAUUAUAUUGCUAUUAAUAUAUUAUAAUUUUACUAUUGA